AUGAAAGAUAAACUGGAUAGACUGGACAUGCAGAUUCUGAGCAGGCUGCUGAACAACUGCCGGGAGUCUGAGCGGCAGAUAGGCGAGGGGAUCGGCAUUGCCAGCGGCACGGUAAAUGCAAGGAUCAGGAGGAUGAGGAGACGCGGGAUUAUUCUGGACUUUGUGGUAAGGAUAGACCCGCCGACCUUGGGGCACAGUACCCUCUACACUGUAGUUUUAGGACAGCGCAUGGAGGAGAUGCUGGGCCACAUGCGAUCCAUGGGGGAGCCAUUUCUGGUAGCUCCCUGUGUGGGCGGGUUUGCCGUCUGUGGAGUUAUAGUGAGGGAUGAUGUGCAAGAGAAGAUCGAGCUGGCAGAGAAGAUAGACGGGAUGCGCGUUCUGUCAAUCUUUGAACCUGAACGGAGCGUCAGCCCCCGUUUCACAAAGACGGACAUGCAGAUCAUAAGGGAGCUGAUGAUCAACCCCCGGGAGAAGAUAGACAUUAUUGCAAAAAAGACUGGCCUGUCCACAAAGACAGUAUCCCGCUGUAUUGACAGGCUGCACGGUGAUGACGGCAUCCACUUUACCGUGGACUAUGAUCCCACAAAGAUCCGGGGUUUUAUAACACACGCCAUAAUGAUCCAGGUUACCGGAGAGGCAAAGCCCAUGUUCGGGAAGCUGGCGCACAUGUUCUCAAGAAACUUUCUGGAGGUUCCAUUCCUGAUGGAGAAACAGAUCGUGCUGUUUCUGUACAGUGACGACAUAUACGAGAUGGAUGAGACCAUGCAGAGCAUAAGGGAGAUGCCCGGGGUCAAGUCUGUCGAUCUCUUCAUUGCCAGAUCGACAAAAUACUCGCAGGAGUGGAUGCUGGAUAACAUAAGGAAGGCAGAGACAUCGCCCACGCUGCACUUGGAGCAGCAGUGGGCAGAAAACACGGUUCCUGCCACGAGUUCUGCCCCCAGGACAUUCUCCAAUCUCCGCACGUUUUAG